UAGCGCGUCAAACCGACAGUGUCAAAACAUCGACUUUUUCCUUUUGAGAUCGGAAAUCUCGGCUGUGGUUUGGCAUAGUAUCGACUACCUCCUCGUACUACAGAUCUUUACCCUGUUUUGAUCUGGAAAUCACAUCAAGAUUGGGAAGAAAUGACAGAGAAGGCUUGCUCUCAGAGUGAAAGUCUAACCAUUCAAGCCCACAAAGUGGAUGGGAUCCAGAUCACAGCCAAUGUGCGCAAACCGAAACGGCAGAUAUCUGUCUCUUUCAAAACCAAGGCACGCCGUAGCCCUUUACCACAUGAGGAGAGAAACUCAGCGGUCAGACAGGAGAAGCAGCCGAUAUCGAGAGCUUCCAGCCGGAUAUCAAAGAGACCCGCAUGGAAUACAGGUGGUGGAUCAGCUACGGAGAGAAUCGCAAAGAAGCCGAUCUCGGGCGCCAAACCUUUCAUGCAACCUAUCGAAGCGCCACAUCUCGCAAGGAAGACAGAGGUAUCUCCAAUCGAAGACCUGCGGCAAAGUCCUAUCCCUACGCUGAAUCUUACGGACGAAUCACAUAUAUCGAUCACAACGGGCUCGACGUCACCCAACAUAGCCCAGCCAUCACUACCAUCGGAAAUAUCACGAUCAAACGGCGACCCAGAGCCAUGUCCUGGAUUACUGGAACUGGCCCCGGCCGCCGAGAGUUUAGAUGCGGAAACUCAGAGUGUCCCAAUUGCGUCAGAUACCGCUCAUAUGCCGUCGCCGCCAUUCCCAGACGGUCCCAGAUCUGUCAUCGGUGCAUCGUCUGUCGAGGAGAUGUUUUCCGGGCUAUCGAGCUUGGAAAGGGAGUACCUAUCAGAAGGCAGCCCACAAAAGUCGCGGCAUACGGUAACAAUGGCCCCAGAUGGAGACUUCAACGCAACCGUGUUAGAUUUCCGGAGAUCCACUCGAUCUGAGCCUGGUCCGUUGCCGACAUGCUCGGAGGUUUCCGAGAGCAGUGGAAGCGCGGAAGGACACCCAGCACAAGAUGUCCCGGGGUCAUGGGCCUCUGCAAACCUCCCCAUUCCAUCAUUGCCCACCAACCCGGCAUCAGUGCUCGCCAUUCGGCAUGAGCAUUUGAGAGCUGAUCCUCCACUACCCCAAAGACACUAUGCCCGACCUGCUUCUCGUGCCGAGACGUCCGCGACACAUUCCGCUGACUACCGGCACUCCAUUGAUCGACGAGACCGCAUCAGACCCAGUACAGCCACCUCGGUUGUAUCAACGGAUGACAGAAGUGAAUACAGCUUCAAGGAUGAUCCCACGUCACGGCGGGUGGACAGGAUUCUAGACUUUCUGAAAGGCGUUGAGGAGGAUGAUUCCAAGAGCGCCGCGGAGCUACACGCAAAGCAAAGUGAUUUUGAGAGCAUCUUGGGCGGAAGUAACAGCACAUCAGGAUUGAAAAGUCAAAUGGGGAACUCAGCCGCAGUGUUCGACGGGGUCAAGGCCAAGAUAAUCGGCCAGCAGAUGGAAUUGGACGAGAAGACGAGAACACUCAGCAUGCUGAAGAAAGAGUUGAAGAAGCUGAAGGACAAUAUGCGUGAGCAGACACUAGAAUCACGGAAGGAGUUGAAGUCUAAGCUGGCAAUGCAGCGCAAGGAGUACGAGACGAUCAUCAAACGGCAUCUAACGUUUAUUGACAAGCUGCUCGCCGAGAAAGAGGAACUCACAAAGAAGUUCUAGGGUGCUGGAAGAGCAGCAUGAAAAGGAUCUGAAACAACAGAAAGAGCUUUGGCAUUCAGCCGAGAAGCUCAAGCGGGAUAAAUGGAUACAAGAGAAAACAAAAGCUAUUAAAGACCAGACCAUCAAAGGACUGGAACCUGAGAUCCAGAGAAUGCUCGCUCAACACAAGCAGCAGAU